UUCCGGAGUGUCGUUGUACGUGCUGACGUCAGGGCCGUGCGUGUCUCGCUGUGGAGGAAUGUGCGGAAACUUUCCUUCGUAACUUUCCUGCGGAUCGAAGAAGAAACUGAACAAGUCCCGAACCUGAACAAAGUUCGAAGAAAGUUGGGAAAGUUCGGAGCGGACCUUUGCAUCCUGUGGGGCUGAACAUCUGAACCCAACAUGGCAGCUCAGACUGUGUUCUCGGUUGAGAUGUUUCCUGUUGGCGUCUCUCUGAUGGACGACACUCAGAGUCUCAGUGACAUGCCGAGGAACAUGCUGCCUGCCCCUCAGCUCGUGAUGCUGGCCAACGUGGCGGCUGUGACGGCGGCAGAGGGAGGCAGCAGCGCUGGUAGUAGCGGUGAUGGCAGCGCGGCGGACGAGAAGGAGAUGAUGGAGCUGAAGACAGUGGGAUGUAACUAUUCUGACAGCGAGGACGAGAACAUCAUCAGGUACAGUUAUGACAACCAGAACCAGCGGGAGGUGUGCAUCAUCGAGUACCCUGAGCCUCUGGGCACGGGCAUCGAAGCUGUGAUCGUAGGAAACGACGGCGAGGAGCAGGAGGACGACAAAGCUGAAGACCUGUCCCGCCCCCCCCCUGCCAGCAACACCAAAAUACCUGAGCAGGGCGCCAAACGUAAGGACAGCCCCCCUGCCGUCGCCCUGGAGACCACAAAGAAGAAGAAGCCAUUCCACUGUAAGCCGUGUCACUUCCAGGCACAGAACGAGCAGGAGUUCGUCCAACACCUCGGCACACACGGCGUCAGCAAGAUGAUGGUGGUGAACCGGGUCGAGGGCAGGAGCAAGACCAGGACCAAGGAGGCAGAGACACCCGAGUCCCAGAGCCCGGCGGGCAGGGAGGCAGAGGGCGGAGGGGAGGCGGCUGCAGGUGACAUCAAAGGGCUGAUCAGGUGUGAACGGUGUGGCUACAACACCAACAGAUAUGACCACUACAUCGCACACCUGAAGCACCACAGCAAGGAGGGCGAUGACCACAGGGUGUUCAAGUGUACUCUGUGCCCAUACACCACCGUCAGUCAGUACCACUGGAGGAAACACCUGAGGAACCACUUCCCCAGCAAACUGCACACAUGCAGCCAGUGCUCCUACUUCUCUGACCGCAAGAGCAACUACGUCCAGCACAUCCGGACACACACAGGUGUCCGUCCGUUCCAGUGUCCGUACUGCGAAUACUCCAGUUCACAGAAGACUCACCUGACGCGACACAUGAGGACUCACUCCGGUGAGCGUCCCUUCAAGUGUGAGAGUUGUAACUACCUGGCAGCCAACCAGCAUGAGGUGACCCGCCAUGCCCGGCAGGUCCACAACGGUCCCAAACCCCUUUCCUGUCCGUACUGCGAGUACAAGACCGCUGACCGCAGCAACUUCAAGAAGCACGUGGAGCUGCACCUCAACCCACGCCAGUUCCUUUGCCCGCUCUGCAAGUACGCGGCCUCCAAGAAAUGCAACCUGCAGUACCACAUCAAGUCCAGGCACUCGGGCUGCAACGUGUCCGUCGACAUCUCCAAGGUCAAGCUGCGCGUCAAGAAACCCGGGUCAGACGGGACGGAGGAAACCUCCAGAGCAGACAAGUUUGACAACUCAUCAAGCGUGGAGGAGGACUUCGACAUGGAUGAGGACGACAGCAUUGACUCAAGCCCGAUCAACCUCUCAAUAAGAGAGAGCAGUCGCCCAGGCGUCGGACAACUGGCACAGAGCGAGGCGUCCGACAAGGUUCAGAAGAAGUCCAAUGUCACCUCUGAGAAAGUGUCGAAGGUCAAAGACAAGUCAGAACUAGAAAAACGGGUCACGACCAGGCAGAAGAAGAUGGAGAGGAUAAACGAGAACCUUCAGGAGAACCCGUCUGUCAAAAAACCUCAAACAGAGACCCCCAACAACAAGUCAAAGAGACGAGUCAAGAAGCUGCCGGCUGCCGAGAAAACAACUGUUCAGGACCAAACACCAGGACCCAAGACCAACAGAGACCAACAGAGACCAGAAGGAGAACAAACGGCAAGGCCUGAGAAAGAGAAAGAACAUCAGAAGAACAACGGCAGCGGAAAAGAGAACAAAGGUCUCAACAAGCCGAGGAAGUCCGGAUCAAAGAAGUCAGACAAAACACCAGAACCUGUUGAGGAAGCACAACAGAAACAGGACAGUCCGGAUAAAGUCCAAAAGGUGAAAGAGAAGACUGCAAAGAGGAAAGCAGUAGAAGCUCUGGACCUCUCCAAAAAGACUGAGUCUGAGACUCCAUCCAAGACCAGACGGCUGAAAGCCUCCAAAUUGGCUCCAGAAGACACGAAGAAGACCAACGACGCCACAACGACACCGAACAAAUCCAGCGGGGCGACUCCCAUCAAGCAGAAGACCAGGAACGCCAGCAAGAAAGCCACGGGCCUUCAACAAUCUGUAGACCUGGAUAAAGACAAGACGGAUCCAGUCACUGAUCGAGACCGUCCAACACCAACCAGAGACAGCCCGACAUCAACCACAGACUCUGAGCCCUGCCCGACACAGAAGAACUCAUCCACAGAGAAGACUGAGCAGGACCAGAUGGACUCUUCUCCGUCCUGCAGCUCAGGUGAGGACAUACCUUGUCCAGCCGAGCUCCACCCUCCUCCAACCUUCCUCAAACCCACGUCACCACCUUCUCUGGUGCUGCCGGUCCCACAAAGAAAACUGGCCGAUCCGGAGGACGACGAGGGCAUCCACAGCAGCCACGAGGGAGGAAGUGACAUCAGCGACAGUGCCUCUGAGGGCAGUGACGACUCCGGACUCAAUGGCACCGGUGCUAGGUCAGGCAAGAUGGCGAACGACCCUGAGACGCCCACUGACGAGAUCCCGACGCCGACAGAGCUCAAAAGUCACAUGUGCAUCUUCUGUGACCGCACGUUCCCUCUGGAGGUCGAGUACCGCCGCCACCUCAACCGCCACCUCGUCAACGUGUACUACAUGGACGCCGCCAAAGGACAGAAGUGAGGACGUGUCUCCAUGACAAGCCCUACACGUACAUCUUAUUGUAAACGUUUUUUAAAAAGUUUUCACCAUCAGCUGUCCAGUCUGUUCACGCAUGCUGUUACCACGGCGACACUUCCUGUGAUCUGAUGUCACUUCUGCUUUUUGUAAAUAAACUCGUUAAUCAUUCGUCAGUUUGUCGACAGUUUAUAAAGUUUCUUCAAACGACCCUGAAAGUUCAGACGCUGCGAGCAGAUCGAUCUGACAGGUCAAACACAGAAAUGAUUUUCAAAAUAAAACUUCCUGUGCAGACUGUUUAACUCUGUAGGUAAAACAGGAAGUCGUCUGUCUGUUUCCUGUUCAAUAAAAUGUUUUAUCGUAUAUUUACUGUAAACAGUUCACAUGUCGAGUCUGUCGCUUCAUGUCAUGUUGCAUCAUAACGUGAGGUGACAUGACACCAGACCACCUCAGGUGUGGGUGCUCAGGUAAACAGCAGGUGUGAACAGACUGAACCCAAAGUAUCAGUGUGAUGACAUCAUCAGGUCUGAAACAUGUAAACACUUCGUGCCUUUGACAAUCAGCUGUUACAUUACAAACUCUUUGUUCUGCAACCUGACAUCUGAUUGGUCAAACAAACUGUAAAUACUUGUGUGCAAUAGUCAGAGAGCUGUCGUCUGAUUGGCUCGUCCGCUCUGACAUCAGUUUGGUACUUUAACUUUUUCUUCUCAUUAUGCUAACGGGGAAAUUAAAACGUUUCAGAUAUUGAGUCAUAACUUGUAGUUUCAUCUGUUUAUUCACUUUAAUCAACUUUUAUAAAUAAAGUU